AUAUAUAAUUUAAAAACAGAGCGAAGGGCGCUAAAUACAAACACCCCCCGAAUAAAAUGUGAACAGUUCCGUUAUUAAAGCAGCUCCACUAACACUGGCUUCACCACAAAAACAAGCGCAGGAUGGCUCCUCGUAUACAGCUGGAAAAAGCUGCCUGGAGAUGGGUUGAUUCAGUGAGACCAGAGGACAUCACACAGGAACAUAUCGACUUAGCUUACAGGAUCGCUGUAUCCGCAUGUAAAAGGGGAACAUGCCGGAGGAACUGCAAAGGGAACCCCAACUGUUUAGUUGGAAUCGGGGAACAUUUGUGGUUGGGGGAAAUUGAUGAAAAUACCUUCCACAACAUUGAUGACCCAAACUCUGAGCGAAGAGACAAGAACACUUUUGUGGGCCUGACAAAUCUUGGUGCCACGUGUUAUGUAAACACCUUCCUCCAGGUGUGGUUCCACAACCUGGAGCUGCGCAGGAUGCUCUACAUGUGUCAGAAUUCCAGGGCUGAAGGGCACAACAUAGAGUCAGAUUAUGAACCAAGGACGAUAUGUGAGCACCUACAGUACCUGUUUGCACUGCUGCAGAACAGCAACAGACGAUACAUCGAUCCCUCGGGUCUGGUGAAAGCACUGGGGCUUGAUACGGGGCAGCAGCAGGAUGCACAAGAGUUUUCCAAGCUCUUCCUUUCCCUUCUCGAAGACACUUUAUCCAAGCAGAAGGACCCAAGCCUCCAAAACGUUAUUCAGCAGCAGUUCUGUGGGCAGUUUUCUUAUGUUACAGUAUGUAACCAGUGUAGCCGCUCGUCUGCUCUUCCAUCUCGGUUCUACGAGCUGGAACUCAACAUCCAAGGGCACAAAAACCUGACUGAGUGCAUCACUGAGUUCCUCAAGGAGGAAAAGUUAGACGGGGACAAUCGCUACUACUGCGAGAGCUGUCAGAGUAAACAAAGUGCCACACGACGAAUCAAGCUCCACAGCCUUCCACCCACGCUCAACCUUCAGCUAAUGCGCUUUGUGUUCGAUAGACAGUCUGGUCACAAGAAGAAACUCAACACCUUCAUCAGUUUUCCAGAAGUCCUCGACAUGUCUCCGUUUUUGGAAGCGAAAGAUGAGAAGUGCACAUAUGAGCUGAGCGCUGUGCUGAUCCAUCGCGGUGUGAGCGCCUACUCCGGACACUACAUCGCUCACGUACGAGACGCCCGCACCAACGACUGGUACAAGUUCAACGAUGAAGAGAUUGAGAAGAUGGAGGGCAAAAAGCUGCAGCUGGGAACAGAGGAGGAUUUAGCUGAAACUGUCAAAUCUCAGACCAGAAAACCCAAAUCUAGCAAAGGCUAUCACUGCUCCAGAAAUGCUUACAUGUUGGUGUAUAAACUUCAGAUGGAGGAGGCAGACCAAACUCAGAUCAACGUGGAGGUGCCAGCUUUCCUGCAACGGCUGGUGGACCAGGACAAUAAGAAGUUUGAAGAGUGGUGCAGCGAGAUGGCCGACAUGAGGAAGCAGAGUGUGGACAAGGGAAAAGCCAAACAUGUGGAGGUCAAGGAGCUUUAUGAGCUGCUGCCUGCACAAGACGGUGAGCCUUAUGAGUUUGUGCCUGUGGAGUGGCUAAAGGAAUGGCUGGACGACUCGACGGCCAUCAAGGCGAUCGACAACAGCAGCUUUCUGUGCUCGCACGGCAAACUGCACCCGGAUCGUGUUGGCGAUGCCAAGCGCAUAUCUCACACAGCUGCAGAGAUCCUUUACGGUCGCUACGGUGGAGGACCCAGAAUAGACCGAUCCUUUCUGUGUGGAGACUGUGUCACUCAACGAUGUCAUGUACUCCGACUUAAAAAUCAGCUUAAUGAGGACUACAGAGAAGUGACCAACCUCGCCAAAGCACAGCUGAAAAGUGGUGAUCCAGGAUUUUGGGUAGGGAAGGCAUCUCUGAGGCAGUGGAGGCAGCUUGCACUGGAACAGCUGGAGGAAGAAGAAGAGGAGACCAAACACACCAACUGCAAAACCAAUGGAGAAAAAACAUCAAGCAGUUCGAAAGAUAGUGUAAAAGAGAAUGAUGGACACACUGAUGAAAUGAAGAGUUUUAAUGAAGACAUUCUUUGCUGUCAUGGUGGUCUGAGUAUUCAGGAGACCGAGAGACGGCUGGUCUCGGCCGAGGUGUGGAGCAAACUAAAGGUUUAUUUCCCCAAAGCACCAGAAUUCACACAACAACAGGACUCCUGCCAGCAGUGCAUGAGACUGGAGCGAGAAGGUAAGGAGAAUGAGGCUCUGAACCGAAUGAUGGCCAGUGAACAGAAAAGCUCUCUGCUCAACCUCUUCCAGGAGAAAAAUCGCCCCACGCUGCAAAAAUGGCCACAGGAUACAGAUAUUCUGUACAUCGUUCCUCUCUUCUUUGUUGAUGAGUGGAGGAAAUUUAUCAGGAGGCCGGCAAAGUCCAAUCCAGUGUCCAGUGUGGGGAACAGCAUCCUGCUGUGUCCUCAUGGAGGCUUCAUGUUCACCUAUGACUCCAUGCUUCAGGGAGACGCCCAGCAUAUAGCUCUCCUCUGGCCUGCCGAGUGGGAGGUGGUCUGCAGGCUGUUCCUGGUGGAUCAGACUAUCUCCAUAUGCAGGAUUCGUGACCCGACGCAGGACAAUGGGAACGUACAGUACCACACCCAACCUGAGCUGUGUCGAGAAUGUCGCGAGGGCUUCAUAUUCCAGCAACAGAGGGAUUUGCGGGAGUACGCACAGGCCACUGUGUAUGUGCGUAAAGUCAUCGACAACAAGAGGAUGAUUAAAGAGGCUCCCCCUGAGUUCAGUAUGAGCGGAUCUGAGGCCGAGGAUGAGAAAGAAGAGCCAAAAGUGGAAGGAGAGAAGGAUCCAGACUUUAACCAGUCUCAGGAUGGGGCAAAGAGGCAGAAGCUGAGUGAGGGAUGUUCUGCUGUGGCGCUUCCCUCUGGUCCUCCCCCUACUGCUACUGCUACUGCUACUGUUUCUAUGGCAAAAUCGAGCAUCCGCAGGAGCAUGCGCCACAGGAAGCUGCGUGGAGAAAAAGCGCUGAUCGUUUCUGCCAACCAGACUCUGAAGGAACUCAAAAUCCAAAUCAUGCAUGCCUUCUCUGUGGCGCCGUUUGACCAAAACCUGUCUAUAGAUGGGCGGUGUUUAACUGAUGACUCCGCCACACUAGGAAGCUUAGGGGUGUUUCCAGAAAGCAUCAUAUGUCUAAAGGCUGAUGAACCUAUAGCAGAUUACGCAGCGAUGGAUGAUGCAUAUCAAGUUUGUUUGCCUGAAGAAGGAUUUAAAGGUACCGGGCUACUAGGGCACUGAUGGGGGUCAACAAUGACAACAUCUGUGUGAAGAAAAUUUCAUUUAGGUUUAGAUUUGUUUUGUUUUAUUUAGUUUUUGUCUCUCUUUAUUGUUAUUUUUUGCCUCGUAACUUAAUGUUGCAGCUCCUUUAAAGAGUGUCUGUCUUUGCAUUUGAAAUAAAAUGUGUUUGAUGGUUUUUAAUAUUCCGAGAUGUUGAUGCAUUCUGUAAGUGCAUAUACCAUGACUGUGAACAGAUACGGGUCGAGACUUGAACUGAUCUUUUGCGUCUUUUAAGUCCUUCUUUCGGUGGCAAUGUCCUGUUCCCGAGACGACGGCUUGGUGUUUAGGUGCCCAUCAUGUUUCAUUUGCUGGACAAAAAAGCAUUUCUGUAAAAGUUUCAUUUUAACAGAGUCACAUGGUUACACACUGCACUCACGAUCAGAUAUACAUAUAAUAAGAAUGCAUGAGCAACUUCAAUAUUAAACUGUAAGCCUAUGCUGAGCUGUAAUAAAACAUUUACCAAAAAUAAUAUUUAACUGACGUGAAAGCGAUGAAAGGAGACAAUAAGGCUGAAUAUUAUGAUACAUUUCAAAACAGGAAAAUAACAUAUACAAACAACAUAAUCCAUAAAACCUGCAGAUAGUUUAGAUCUGUUCUGCUAGUACUUGAAAUGUUAUGCGGGCAUCUGUGUGAACUGUUCUUCUUUCUGUAAUCUUUCAUAUGGGCAAUAAAGUUACUUUUUCCACA